GCCACUUUUGACGGUCUGCUCUCACUUUGUACCGGUGUCAACAAACAACAACAACAAUUAUUUCGACCUAUCUACGCCGCCAUUGAAACCACAUCUCCAGUAGGCUUUUACGCAUGGCGAAUUAAACUGAGGAUACAGAUCAUUUUCUACUUUUUCACGCCCAAAAGUCCAACUGCUUUCCUCUUUUGUCGUCACAUAAAACUCCUCGGAGGGUAAAGGCUGCCCGGGACCCUGGUGCUGGUGCUGGUCUGCACCCCUUCUCGGACGUUUCUGCGCAGGCUUACAGGGACGGUUUUUUGACGGCGUCUUCCAGCUGCAAACUCGGUGUUGGAAGAGCAGCAGCAGCCUCCUCGUUUGGAGGAGGUAUUUACAAUCUCUGGGGUGUUGGAGGUAUGACUGCGUUGGCGGGGUCAAUACCCAGGAUGAUGCGACCCACGCUGGCUCAGAACUACCCCCGCAGUGGCUUCCCGCUGGAAGUGUCUACCCCGCUGGGUCAAGGCCGGGUGAACCAGCUCGGAGGUGUUUUCAUAAAUGGAAGACCUUUGCCCAACCACAUCCGUCAUAAAAUCGUGGAGAUGGCCCACCACGGCAUCAGGCCGUGCGUAAUCUCUCGGCAGCUCCGGGUCUCCCACGGCUGCGUGUCCAAGAUCCUGUGCCGGUACCAGGAGACGGGCUCCAUCAGACCCGGGGCCAUCGGUGGCAGCAAACCCAAGCAGGGAACAACGCCGGAUGUGGACAAGAGAAUUGAAGAAUACAAGCGGGAAAACCCGGGUAUGUUUAGCUGGGAGAUUCGGGAUAAAUUACUGAAGGAUGGGAUUUGUGACCGCAACAACGUCCCUACAGUGAGCUCCAUCAGUCGCAUCAUGCGGAGUAAAUUUGGGGGCAAAGGCGACGAAGAUGAUGAUGAAGAUGAGAUCGAGAAGAAAGAACUGGAGGAGAGCGACCGGAGGGCCAAGCACAGCAUUGAAGGCAUCUUAGGAGACAGAUCGAGUCACUCUGACGAGGGUUCAGAAGUGGAGUCAGAACCCGAUCUGCCUCUCAAGAGGAAGCAGCGCCGCAGUCGGACCACCUUCACGGCAGAGCAGCUGGAGGAGCUGGAGCGGGCCUUCGAGAGGACCCACUACCCCGACAUCUACACCCGGGAGGAGCUCGCGCAGAGGGCCAAACUCACCGAGGCUAGAGUCCAGGUUUGGUUCAGCAACAGGCGGGCGAGGUGGAGGAAACAAGCAGGAGCAAAUCAACUGAUGGCAUUUAAUCACCUGAUCCCCGGCGGUUUCCCACCUUCAGCCAUGUCCAGCAUCCCCCCUUACCAGCUCUCUGACAGCUCCUACCCCCCUUCAUCUAUAGCACAAGUGUCGGAGCCCCACAGCACGGUGCAUCGGCCUCAGCCUCUCCCUCCCUCCUCAGGCCACCAAGCCUCAGGUGGAGGUGGGCAGGGAGAAGGAGGCUCUCCGUACUGCCUCGCCUCCGGACGUCACUCCUUCUCAGGCUACUCGGACAGCUUUGUGGGCCCCGGAGGACCCGCCAAUCCCAUGAACCCGGCCAUCGGAAAUGGACUCUCCCCACAGGUGAUGGGUCUUCUUAACCCAGGUGGCGUUCCACACCAGCCCCAAAGCGACUACGCCAUCUCCCCCCUCACAGGCGGCCUUGAGCCCCCUGCCGGCAUGGCCGCAAGCUGCAGCCAGCGCAUGGACCACAUCAAGGGACUGGAGGGUCUCACCAGCGUUCCCUCCAUGUCUGCUCUGCCCUCUCUGCCCAGCUCCCAGUCCUACUGUCCCCCGUCCUACAGCUCACCGGGCUACACCGUCGACCACAUGGCGUCCUACCAGUACGGCCAGUACGGACAAAGUAAGGUGCCCUUCCUUAUCUGAGGCAUGAGAUCACCUGAUCCUGACACUCUACAGAGGGAUGUUUGUUUGUACAGCCUUGAUGGAAAUCCUUCAUUAUUGGGACCAAAAUUUUGCUACAGUUCACCCGGACAUGUUCUCUAGAGCGGGACAACAUAUUAUCAGUUCUUUGUGGAGUGAAAAGAAAGAAGAAGGGACCACAAGAAGGAAUAUCAGACCAAAAACUGUGACUUUGAAUAUUAAACAUCAGUACUGAUGAUGAUGAUGAGAGAUGUCAGCGACCACAUUCAGCAUCAUGAGGAGGAAGAUCCAGCGACCAAAUUCCAUCUGUGGACUCAAGUCUAUCGUCACAGACUUCCAGCUUUGAGAUGAUACUCAAGGAAGCCUGUUUACAUAUCUAAGGGCCAUAGGAGUGUAUGUAAAAGCUCCAAACUAAUCCCUGAACUGUAUCUGCAGACAGAGGAAAAAGAAAAGGGCUGUGUUGAUUCCUUUUCAUUUAUUUGGAGAGAAAUUCCUCAGACAGAGCAAACAAACCGGAGCAAACAAGUCUGGGUUUUAUUGUAUCCAAAACUCUAAUGUACAACCCAGCUGUACUGCAGAGAGACUUCUUCAAACAUUCCUCCUCCCCCCUGCGUCUCCUCUCUCUCCUCUCCCCUUUCUGUCUCAUUGAAGUGUUUAGAUGGUGAGGCAGGGAUCCCGGCCUUUUGUAGUUUUUAAAGAGGAACUCAGAAGAGGUCAAAGGGUGACUUUAGGGAAAGUGACAGAUGAGAGAGUAGUCGAGGAGGGCGGCUAGAGAAGUGGCUUUAAAAGGGAGGGGGAGGAGGGAGGGAUAGGCAAGAUCGAUCACAGGGUUAAAAAAAAAAAACUUUAAAGAUCCUCUCCCUGCGAGAAAAAGCCGCCAGGUCACAAGUCACGACUGAGAGACACUCGAGAAACCGAGAGUAAAGACAGACUUUCUCCCAGCUGACCAGAAGUGCAAUAUCACAGAUCUCAGAUUCUCCUUUAAAAUAAUAAAAAAAUGAAAACGUGCCUCUUUAAAGUCUUACGAAACACUCUGGAUCCACUCUCUGGAUCUUGUUGGAAGGUCUGCAAAGGAGCAACACGUGCCUUUAAAGGCUUUCAGGUCCAAAACAAACAUGAAACAUUGUAAUAUCGCCGUAACAGGACACGGAGGGGACCACUCUGUAAGUCAUGAGGAAAAGAAUGAAUCAAGGGAACGCCAAUGGAAACAGAGAGCAGGAAUGAUGAAGCCAAAACUGAAUCUUAUUUUAUUUUUUUAUGUUGCUUGGGACCAUUUUGCAGGAAAUGAUGAUUUUACACAUUUUGGACAUAUUUAUUGUCACAAAUGUCCUGCAUCUGAUAGUAUGUUAAAGUCCCCACCAUGUACAAGUAAGGAUCCUUUAUCCAUCACACCUUAGGAUAACAGAGUGCCUCCAUAAGCACUUCUGCUCUGUACAUCUGUGUAUGUUAGAAAGACCAGUCUUUUCAUUCCUUUGGUAUAUUUUUUGGUAUUAUUGGACGAAGCAAUAUGACAUAACGUCAUGUGUAUGAGCGCAUUAUCUCUACUAUUUAUAAUAAAAUAAAA